CAAAGCAAAAACUGUUUAAAAAUACGAAAGUGUGUGCAGCAAUUUUUGGAUUACUCACUGAAGAAUUUUGUGUUAAUUGCUCUAAAUUAGUUAUUUUUCAACGUUUGAGAAUGAAUAAAUAGCUGAACAGCAAGGCAAUUUAUACUCUACUCAUGGUGUAAUAGGACCAGGAAAAUAUGGACAAAUCAUUGGUGAAUCAGUUCACUUCCUAUGUGGAGCAGCUACGCACCACGGAAUGCAGCCAAAAAGGAAAAAUAGCUUACUUUCAACAUAUCGCCGAAUGCAUUAUGUCGCCUGCACUAGCUGGCCACAUAAACUAUGCCACGCAUAUAAAUACGGCGACAACCGUGCUGCUGCUAUUUUGUGAAGAUCUUGAUCCCGUGGUCAGAAUGAACGCCGAAGAAAAUCUUAAUCGCAUAUUUCGUGCAUUAGAAAAAACGCGAGUUAGUCGUAUACUAAUGGACUUGUAUGGAGAGAUCAAAAGAAAUGGCAACCAAAGGUCCUUGCGCAUUUGUUUGAAUCUAUUUGCCUAUUAUGCACCGCAGAUACGGGAACGUAACAUUAAAUGGUACGCUAUUCGUUUGUUACCUUGUUUACAAACAAUAGCGCAACGCAAAGAGACGCAGCUAUGUGAAACCCUAUGCGAAUUUGUAAAGAGCUUUGGAAAGUGCUUGCAAAUGGGACUGACAGAUAGUGAAGCCUGUAACCUUUUCGAGGCUUUCAUGGCAAAUAUGGGCGUCGAGUGUGCCGUGAAGCGACGAUGCUCGGCACAAAAUUGCAUCAGUCUGAUUGAAAACUCGCGCAAUAAGAGCUUAAUGGCCAAUCAUGGACUAAGCAAAGCGCUCGAAUUCCUACUUUCCGAUCAACAACAACACAACGUACUCGGUGUGCUCGGCUUCUUGCGUCUGCUGCUGCCAUUAAUCAUACAUGGAUUCCGCACUGAUUGUCCGGAUGAUUGCGACGAUGGCCACCACAGCCCACAAACACACGUCGGAAUCAAUAAUAAAAGCAAAGCAAAUAGCUCCAACAACAACGCCACUCAACAGCGCACGACGCAGAUUGGUGGUGGAGUGCAGCAGCAGGCACCUACGAGUACAUCAUCAACGGCAAUCAACACAGAGUGCAGGCAAAUUAUUGAAAUUUUCGAUUAUUGUUUGCAUUUGUUGAACAUCAGCAGUGCUUCACAACAUUCCAUCAUAAAUGCCGCACUCGAGGUCAUCAAUGCAGUGCUGCAGGCACUCGAUGUGGCAAACAACAAUAGUAACAACAACUCGAAUAGCAGCCGAGGAGGCAAAAAUAACAAAAACAAUAACAAUUAUGAUCUUGUAAAAAGUUUGCAAGCAGCAUUGUGCAAUCAACAAUUGCAACAUGCCGAGUAUCUGCGGCGAAGGAAAUCAUUAAAGAAUCAAAUAUUCCAAUUGAGAAAUUAUGAAGUGUCAGACGCAGUACCGUGCGAGGAGAGUGCAGUAGCUGAAGCUGGGGCUGGUGUACCAAAGGGGCGAGCUGCUGGCAUGUUAGGGGAGAAAUCCGAGCAGAAACGGGGAGGUGCUGGGGAUACCCUCACAACAGUGGCUGACAGCGAAGGUGAAGUUGUACUGAGAAGAGCAGCAAACUUUCGAUAUGCCGGUCGUAGCAUCAGCGAAUGUGUUGUUGACGAAGAUGAUGAUGAUGAUGAGACGCAUAGAACCGCAUUGUCAACAGAUUUAGUUGCCGUUGCGCAUACUGAUGCCCAUGUCAUUGCCGGCGACAUCUAUGCUGGCAGUGUUGUUGGUGUGCUUGUCGAUGUCGAUGUAGAUGACGAUGAUUUUACAACACUUUCGGAAAUAAAUGAACCACAACAGCUUAGGGCGUCAACAGCAGUUGCAAUGGUGCCGCCAUCCUACGCGCUCACAACAGCAACAAUUGACGUUGAUAAUCUGAUUGAUGCAAUCGACGCGACAACAACAACAACAACAACAACAACGACAAUGACGGCGAGGACAACGACGGAAACUAUCGCCUGCUCUGCCGCCACCGCUACAAGUAUUAACAGCGACGGCAAGCACCCCAAUAUUAGCGCUGUGCACACAAAAAUGCAAGGCAUGCAACCACAGAAGCAGCAGAAACAACAACAACCUCAAACCGAGCAGCAAUUGCUCGAAAGGCAGGUACGACCGCAAAAUUUGCUUACUGCACCCUCGCAAAUUGAAGCUCGAAGCGCUGAAGGUGGUGGGAGCGGCAGCAGUGGUGAUGACAAAUCACAACAUUUGAGUGACAUCGACAAUGAAUCCUUCAAUAGCAUUGAUUUUGAGGCGGAAAUCACCAUAGCAGGUAUGGGUGGCACUGGCAGCGCGGGAAGCGGGAAUGGAUCGCCAACAGUAGGCAAUGCUGCAGAACGCAUAGGCGCUGAAGCUGCUGCUGCUGUGGUUGACAGCGCCGCAAGUACCAAAUUGAGCAGCAGCAGUGACACAAUUGGCUCGUUCUUUAACAAUUUGAUUUCGAAUGCAGCUUCCGAGUCGAUGAGCAAACUCUUUCGUCCAGCUUCAGGAGCACGUGCCACACCGACGAAAAGCGUGCAGACCCCAAGCAGUGAAAAGAUCGAUGUAGCCUCCACCACGUCGGCGGCGACCAGCAAUGCGCUCAUGGAUAGCAUAUCAUUGAUAUCAACGGCCAGCAGCGGCAUUAAAGUGCAGGAUUUGAGUAACUCCGCAUCCGCUGAACCGCAAACAGAUUCCGCGCACACCAACACACAAUCGAAUGCGAGCUCGUCGCUGGGCAUGCACGAUGACACGGUAUCCACGGCGUUGCUGGUGGACACGAGUUUGCAUAGCGCCCCUGAAUUAGAUGCGGAGACGGACGGGAAGAACGAAGUGGAGCAACGUAUACCAAAUGUUAAUCCCUUCCUUAGCGCAAACUCGUUAGUGCAGAAGGUAGCUUCGCUACAACCGCUGCUGACUCUCAAAAUAGGCACACUUUUCGAACAAUCCAUCGUACGCUAUACGGCACGCUUAAUUGCGGCGCGUUUUCUAUUAACCGGCCAAGCGCAUGGCUUGCAUAGCGACACCCAAAUACGCAUAUCCAUAAAGAGCCUAUCGCUGUCUGUUCUAGCGCAAUGCGUGCGUUUCGAUCCCGCUGUGCUACAGCUUCGGCUGGAGAUCACAGAACAGGAGGUGCAGGAGUUGCACAAGCAGUUGACAGCAGCAACAGAAUUUUCUUCGAAAAGCUCCAGCGCCAGUGGCAGUCCGAGCAUGCCACAAAGUGAUGACAGUGGCAGCGGCAACAGUUCGAAUCUGGGCAAGGACUAUGAGCACUUGGAUGCGGUGGACUUCAUUAAGAGCAAUCCACUAUCAAUAGAUGCAGCAGCCGUGGUGGGCGUUAGCGAUUUGCCAGCCGAAUUGCAGCUGCUUGAAAUCAAGGACGAUCAUUUUGGCAAAAGUACAUGUGAAUAUUUACUUGAAUCAAUACCUGUACUGAGCAAGAGCGCCGAUCCAGUGCUGAUGUCACAACAGGUACGCGAUACCACCGCCAAUAGAUCGGCGAAACAGCAGCCGCUGCAAACUUUAUCAAAAUCGGAAAUUAUCGAAACCAAAAGUAAACAGCAGCAUCGAAAGCCAAGUCAAUCGUCGUCAUCUCCUUACCGCGUGACAGAAUCGCUGCAGGAUGUUCCACCGCAAAUGCUGCCACCGCGGCCACCUAAACGCACGAAAUCGCAACGCAAAUCGAUUGCAACCGCAGCGGCCACAGUCGCGGCUUUAAUGCAAAUUGAUGAGCAUAUCAGCGGACGAACUUUGGCACCCGGUCCAACGGCCACACAGCACCGACAACAAAUAGCAGAUGUGUUGCUCUACUACAACCACACAGAUCCUAUGCUGCGCGGUGGCGUACAACAGAUUAUCGGCGGUUUUUUGCAAACGUUAGGGGCCAAGCAGGUGGCCAUGCGCUUGGAGUUAAACGUGCAACAUCUGUUGGCAAUGCUCGUGAGGGGCUUGCAGGACGAUAUACACACAGUGGUCAUACAGGCGUUGAAUGCAUUCGAGAGGAUAUUUCCGUAUGUGGUGUCCAAAUAUUUGAUAUUGCCGACAGCGCAUCAUCAACACAACCAACAACAUCAACAACAACAACAGAAAGCACAACAUAAACAACAACAAGUACAACAGCACAUACGGGCCCUCAGCUCGCAAAGUUCGACAGCAGUGCUUGUUGAGGCAGCUGAUAAGAGUGGCAGGAAAUGCCAUGCUAAUGCCUCUGGCCAAGUGCCACAACAGCAGCACUGCACUAACGAUGAAACAAAUUUUGGCUUUUCCACCACACAUGCCAGCAGCAAAUCGCCAGCAAUGGCCCAACCAGCAGUAGCAGCAGCAACGGCAGCCUCAACUACCAAGACGUGUCCUCGAACGCUUUUCAACGAUAAUGAUGAGCUUAUAGCUGCACUUUUGAAUGAUUUUCAAUUGCAAUCGAAAUCGAAUCGCAACGACUGCAGCUACAGCUACGAUAACGACAACAACUCCUAUGAUACCACACAGCCGCUGAUGACUGGCAUCACAAGCAAUUCUUCUACUACUAGCCGAGCGUUGCCACUUCCGGCGGCCGCUGCCGCUGCAGCUGGAUUUCGCAUUUCACCCAAAUUGCUAUUGAGUAAAUUUCGUCUAUGUCAUUACAACAAAUAUUGGUUAGUUCAAAAUAAAUACGCCGAAGUUAUUUCGAAUUUAAAUUACGCUGCCUUACAUGCGGCCUGUAACGAUUGCCAUGGCUAUUGCUGUGGCACAACGAAUGAUGGCUGUGAAUGUGCCAUUGGGAGUGUUGUUGCUCGUGAAGAGGUAGGAAGUGCCGUCGGCAGCGGUAGCAGCAACGACACUAACACUGAUAACAAUAACCUUAAUGCCUGUUCAAAUGCUACCAAAGAUGCUGCUGCUGCUUCUGCCAGUUCGGAUGAUGCGAAGGAUAUGUCGUACAACGACGAUGAUUCGGAUGAUAGUGUCUGUAUUUAUGAGACUCAAUUUCUGGAUGAACUUUUGCAAUUGAUCGGCGACGAUGAUUUCCGUGUCAGAGAACAUGCCGCACUCUGCCUUUGUCGCUUCAUCAUACAAAAUGCAAAACGCAAACAACAACAGUGGCACAUAAGCAACAACAACAAUACAUUCAGCGCGUCUACUGGUGGGAUAGGUGCAACAACAUCGACAAAUAAAUUCGGCAAUCGACAACAUCCGGACACUGGCCCAUUUGGUGCUGGCAUUGGCGGUGGUGGUGUUGGCUCUGGUGCUGCUGGUGGUGGUGCCAGUGCUGUUGGCGACGACAAAUCGCUCUCGCCGGCCACCUAUGAAACUAAUUUCAAUUUGCUGUGGGAUUUUUUCGACUAUCGCCUGUUCAGUGGCCUGCCAUUGCCGUUACGUAAUUUAUUCAGAGCGAUGUCAUCGCCAUCAUUGGCGGCGACAACUGCCACAGAAGUCACAACAACGACAGCAGCACCAACGACUUUAGAUGCUAGUGGCGGUGAUUUUUCGGAUGCGCUGCCACAACGCCAUCGAGCGGAAGAGGAGAAAUUGUUGGCUAAAGUUUUGUAUCGCAUGACAAAUAAACUGAUGGAGCUGGAGGAUAAAAAUGCUCAGUUUGGCAUAAUUUACGCACUGAAAAUGUUGCUACAAGAUUUCAAUUUCAUUGAUUACCAACGUGCAUGGAUGGAAUUUAAUUUCAUUGAAAUCUGCCAGAGAUUCUCCUAUUACAAUUAUGCCACAGCCGUGGACUUGAGCUGCCAGAAUGACUUGAUUGAUGUUACCGGUAAAUUAAUGGCAGGUUACAUGCUCGCCUCCACUUUAACCGCAGAUCAACCCGAACGUACACUGCAAUUACAAUUGGAUCAACUGUUGGUGCAUGUCAUGAAGAUUCUCAAUAUCUACUAUCAUCUCAUUACCCAACAAAAGCCGCUACUAUUCGUGAAAGUGCAGAAAGGUGAUCUCUUCGCAAAUGCAAAGGAAUUGACGUUGGUGCAAAGCGUUGGCUAUUUCGGAAGCGAUUACGUUUAUAUAAAACUUUACAACAUUUUAAGAAGUGCUAAUGACAGCUACAAGAUAACGAUAAAUCAAGAAUCCGGCAGGUUAUUAAUUUCGCUACUCCGGACGUGCCUCAACACUUUGAGUUUGUGCAUUGAAUUGCGCACACAUGCCGCCCUAGUGAUGCCUAGCACCACACCCACGGGCCACACUCCGAGCCAUGGCCGACAGCGCGGCAAUAGCCCCAGCAGCAGCGGCGGCGCCGCCGGUGGUGGUGCCGGCAGCGGUGGUGGCACGGAUACUUCGCCAAGCACCGGACAUGCCUUUGGCGUUAGCGGCGGAGUUAGUGCUUCUGCAGUCUUCCCAUCCAACGCCAUUCUAAAAUUAAUUGAAGAAAUUCUCCAGUAUUUGAGCAAACUCGUAAAUUAUGCGCCCGCCGAGUGCAUCGCAUGUCUGAGGCAACUGUUGAAAUAUUUAUUUGGCCAAAAUUAUGGCAACCAACAGCCAGACUAUUAUGCCACAUUCAUAAGACCGUAUUUUGUGGUGCGCAGCAAAGGACAACAGCUGCAACUCCACCUACGGCAGCAAAGAAGUUUACACAAACAACAAAAGUGGUGGGCACACAGCAAAAAGCAGCAUCUGGAUGCACAGCAGGGCACAUUAGGGAGUGGCACGCAAGGCGGGGGCAGCAGUGAUCACCGGCAGGCAAUCACCAUGUUGCAUGCCAUAAAUUCCAAUGCAACAACAAUGCAUGCAACAUUAGCUACUAUGACUGCAGCAACAAUUGGUGGCUCAGCAGCGGUAUUAAGGGGCGCAGGAGCAGGCGAUGGCAUGUCGACCCCGACAAUGACUUCGUCAACUGUCACACAGAAUGAGCCAAAUGUAAUUGGUACACAGACAACUUAUGGCAAACGAGGCCAGGCGCUUAUUGACUUUGGUCUUGAUAAUGGUGGUGGCGACAACAAUCCACUGCACUUGACAGCGGCGGAAUAUUAUCGCUUGGUAGGCGAAUUAUUUGCGAGCGGCCUAAAUUUGCAAGCCUAUAAGUCGGAGCGUGCCAGCGAGUGUGUGAAGCACAUUAAAUUGUUUGAGCCGUUGGUAAUCUAUUGCCUCAUGCUAUUCCUCAAAUCGAAUGCACGUAUUCAGGCGCCCAUUUUGGAGUUGCUAUCUCAGUUGCUGGAACUCAAUGUCACUUACAGUGUACUCGACUCGAAAAAUGUAAUAUUUGAUCAGAUUUUAAACAAUUUGGAUUUAAUUGAAAAUGGCAUUGUCAGAAACGGACCGCUCAUCAUUCCUCCCAUGAUUAAAUUCCUCAUACAGUUGACACACAAAAGCGAUCGCAAACUCAUCACCAUUCCAAAAAUUAUCAGCAUCAUCAAUAGCUUACUGGCUAACAAUGCGGUGCUCGAUUGCGCUGUGCUUGCUCUCAAAUCACUUUCGUACGAGAUCUUCUUCAUGCCGCCCGUUGGCGGUAAUGCCGCGCUCACCACACUUGCCGACUAUCGGGCACCUUUUCAAAGUCCCGUCACACGCUCGCCUGUACAACAGCGUCGUCCGGCUGCUGAAGAAACUGCCGCCGCAGCUGCAGCUGCCGAAGCGCUAUUGGCAAAUAGUCGAGAGUUGGAUACACAAAAGGAGGUCGUGUUGGGUAUGUUAGAGAAAUUUUUGGAUGCCAAUGAGCUGCAACGUGUCGUUGCAUUGCUGUUGCUGCGCGAACGUAGCGCUCAGCAAAUAUAUGGUGGAAAGCGCGUGGAAGCAGCGGAUGCUGAAAUGGAGCCACCCAAAGUUAGUUGUACGUUCGAGUCGACGCUGCUGCAGGAUCCUAAUGUGGUUUAUGCGCUAAUUUGCCGUGCCAUGUGCGAUGAUCGUUGGCGCGUCAACAACUGGCAAGAAUUUUACAUACUUGAAUCGUGCUUUAAGAAUUACAGUAAAUAUGUGUUGGCGGAUAGUAAGAACUUUCUCAUGCUGAUGGAACUAUUUCUAAUGGAGGACGUGGAGAACUUUUCCACUUUGGCGCAUGCAACGAUCAUCCUAGCAAAUGUAAUUCUUAAAACUGAGGAAAUUUAUUUAGUAAAUCACAUCAAACUUUAUUUGAAAAACCAUCCGGCGGUGGAGGAGCGUGAACUCAACAGAGUCCAACAGCAACAACUGCAACGACAGCAGCAACAGCAACAACGUACCGCACAUUGGCUGGUAGACGGCCCAUCGACAUCUUCGGCAGCGGCGCGUGCAACCGCCACAGCCACAGCCGCAGCCUCAAGCUCCGGCCAAGCGUCGAGUGGCAGCAUAAGUGAAAUUAACUAUUUCGCAAAAGUUUUAUGCGAGAAGCUAGAAAAUUGCCUCAACGUCGUUUCUGCGCCCACCACUUCUACUAGCUGCAACACCACCACCAACAUCAUCACUAGCGCCUGCGGCGAUGUGGCCUACUAUCAGCUGGCUAGCCGUUUCGUGGAAGCUUUGUAUGACGUCUGCUGCCGUUCUCGCCACAAGGAUGCGCUACAAUCAGUUUUUCGUUUGGUGCUGGCCGAAUCGGCACUGCUCGAUAAGUACUGUAAUUUCCUAACUGUAGAGCCGUGGCAAAAGGGCGACGAAGUGCGGCACGCGGACAACACAACUACGACAGGGCAGGAGUGUGUUUUGGGUGGUGGUAGUGGAGAACAGGCUAUGCAGCUGCAGUUGCUAGUCUUGAAACUUUUGUCGGCCAUGAAAUUGUUAGAUCCGGUGGUGAUGUUGCAACUGCUAAAACAACAAAUGCAAAACGUAAACCAAGAACAGCAGAGAAGGUAUGCGGCGGCAACAAAUAAAGAGCGACUGAAGUGGUGCGCCAACAUGCAGAGGACACUUCUGAGUGAAAUUUGCCAGCCAAAUCCAAAUGCGCGCGACUGGACGACGCAACAAGUGCGGCAACUGUUGGAUGCAGGCGGAGCUGAAGUUGUGAAUUUCCUAAUUACAGAAAAUUUCGAGUUCGUCAGCGAUUUGUGCGAAGUGGCAGCAACAGAGGCAGACGCGUCUUCGUCCACACAGGCACCAGAGAAAGUAGCUGGCAAGUUGGGUGCCUUCUGGUUGAAUGCGUUGCUGCAACAUGCGAAUGCGCUCAACAAGCAUACAAUACGCGCACUUCCACCUUUGCUGCUGCGCUUAGCCAAUGCAACAGUUAGUGCGGGCGCCACAAGGGGUUGCAAUCUGGAAUUAACGCUACUUAGCUUGCAGUUGCUGCAUUGUCUACACACACGCCACGGCAAUUUGCGCGCGUUGCAGGUGCGGUUGGAGCGGCUGGCGCGGCGACUUGUGUUUAAUUGCAGCUCGUCGUCGCCUCUCAACUCAAGGCAGCAGCUGCUGAAGCACUUGUCGGAAUUAGCUGGGGAUCAGUUGGCAACAGAAGCGGAAAGCUCAUCAACUUUGUUCUGGCGGCAGUUGUUGUUGGAUACUCAAGAAUGCAAACUGGAUGCUCAGACCGUAGCAGAGCAGCAAAGGCAACAGCAGCGCAUUAUCGACGAGAAGUGGCUCUUGAGUCAGUUAAUUAAAUUCUCCGCACAAUCAGACUAUGGCGCCCAACAACUUUCGCGCAUUUUGCUGGAAAUACAUUCCGAGCAAAAGCUCUACAUGAUAUUCAACAGCAGUGAGUUCGCAGUGGCGCGUGUGCUGCGGCAUGCAAUCGCCAGCUCAAUGCAGGCAAUGUUGGCUGCCUUCCGCAACAAUUGCACCCAACAUAAUCCGCACAUUCACUACAUGCAACCGAAUCCAUUAGUGCGCGUUACCUGCAACAUCUUGAUGGCAAGCAUUAGCGCGGAAAUUGCCGCAGACAGCCGAGGUAAACUACAAGCAACACUAAUGGUGCCUACGAUUGUUAUACCCGCGAGCACAACUGCUUCGUUGGAGGGGCCGACAAUCGAAACCGAGUGGCGCACGGCAAGCAUUGGUGGACUUCACCUAUGCCACGCUGUUAUUACGCUACUGACGCAAAUAAAGCUGAUAGAGGAUACCGCGUUGCUUUACAUAGAGUCGAAAUUCAUCGAUAAGUUUGUACGCGACCAGCUCUUGCGCCCAGAACAUGUGGCAACUCUGUUACGCUUCUUAGAUUGGUGUUGCAGGCAAGCGCAGCAACUGCUGAAACAACAGCAGCAUCAGCACCACCACCACAGUGAACAACAAAAUGCAGUUACCUUGCUGCAGUGCAUUGCAGCAAUGCUACAACAGCGCUUCAUAUGGAUGGAACUUAAUCAAAUGGAAAAGUCAACUGCCGCAUCCGCAGCAACAACAAUGCCAGCACAAAACUCUGGCUUUGCCGGUGGCCUAUUAUCGCCUCAACAACGCAAUUUGUUGCUAUGCCGUGCAUUGGACGUCUUGGUGCUGGCUGCCAGGCAGACGCUGCAACACACAAUCUUCUAUAAGCAUUACAAGCAACAGGCGGCAGCUGUAGUUGGCAAAGGAGGCAGCGAUGGCGAAGAGCACCGUGCCGUCGAAACGCAAGAUAUCUUCAAUACAUUGGGCGUAGCAGCUGCGGUAGACGAGUUGGAAGACACUUUGCAGGCUAACAACGAAAUUGAAGCGAAUGAAGUUGCUGUUGGAAGGCUGUUGCAAGCCUACGCCCCACAGGCGAUUUUCAUUGCAAAAUUGAUCGAGGUGCGCACCGAUGAGUCAACUAGUAGCGGAGAAUCUAUCUCGGCUGCCUACCUUACUGGUGGUACAGACAAAAACGGCGCGCUUGGCACUGCAGGCGGCGCGUUAAGCGGUGGUGCCGGCAGCAGCUUGGCGACGGGCGGUACAGGUACGAGUGGCGGUGGAGCGUGGACUGGCGCCCAAGCUGAGUUUGAAAAAUAUAGCGGUGGUGUGAAUGGCGUACAAGUGCCGAUGCAUAUUUUGGUGGCUAUUGGCAUCGCGUUGCUACGCACGAACCAAUUCUACGCCUAUGCAGUAACACCUUUCGAGAUAAUACAGCAACAACAAAGAGAACAACGCAUUGAACAGUUAUCGCCAACCAAACGCGCUGGACAAUCGUCACCAACGACGGCUUCAGCGGCAGCGGCUGCAGCAGCCUCGAGUGGUAAAUUGCCAACAAUACCCGUGGAGAGUUUAAGCGAUGUGGAUGUAUUACGCAAAUUUGUUAAGAGAUUAUCAAUUUUUGGCUUUACCACAAGGCAACAAUUCGAGGAGUACUUUAUGACAUUCUUGCUGUUAAUCAAUAAAGUUUACGAUGAGAAUAUGGUGGACGAACAGGAGCAAUUUCAAAUAAGAUCCACAUGCUUCGAAGCGAUUUUGGAACUUUUAAUUACGUAUAAAACUUUUCCAAUUGUGGGUAAUAAACUUUCGCAUUUUCAUCAUACGACACGGUGGACUCGCAUUAAUUGCGACAGUAUUAGCCUUAAAAAGUUGCACAAAGUGCAGCUACUCGUCUCCGAGGCGAACGUCUUCUAUCAUCCAAAUUUGGAGCGUCAACUGCGCACCAACUACGGCGCCAACUCCAACUCCAACGCCGCUGCUCGAGUGCGUGACUCUGUCAUUGGCACUGGCCAAUUUAGUGUUAAUCAAUAUGAUUUGAAUUUCGUGUGGCAACAAAUGGAGGCGUACGCAAAUAACACAACCAACAACAAUGCCAGCGAUGCAGAAAUGCCAGGCAGUGAUGUUAGCAGCGCGGCGGAGCGCAAAGCAAAGGAUUCUGCGGGCGGUGCAGCACGUUCCAGCGAGGAUAUCGCAACAAAAAAUUAUCGCUACUUUACAACGCAGUCGGGUGUGGACUUCAAGAGUAGUACGCAGUUGAUUUUCGAUGUGCUAAUGCAGAUAAUUGAGCACAAUCACAUUUUGGUUUUACCAAAUCUGGUGAAAUUCACUGAAAUAUGCGAAAGUCGUGAUCAAAUCAAAUGGAUUAAGGAGAAAGCUUUAAAACUGCAAGAGACAAUACCAAUGGAUGACACAAUUUCACAUCAGCACUUAAUCUACUUACUGUGCAAGACGCAAGCCAUGCUGAUACCCACACUUGGCGAAUUGCAACAAUUGUGCCAGCUCAUUGGCAAUUAUUUGAAGAGUUCGCACAUCUUCAUACGAAAUGCAACGCUGGCCGGACUGCUCUGUCUGCUCGAAUGCUGUUCGAAGACCAAUACCACCAUUGGCAAGUUGAGUGAAGAGUUGGCUCUGCUGCGCGAACUGAUUGUGGGCUACAUCAAUCGUCAUGGGAUUAUCGAUGUGAGCGCUAUGCAGUGCAGCGACACACACACAAAAUUGGUUUGGACUCUUAAUUAUUGCCUCAUUGAAUGGACAUCGAAAUUUGUGCCACAAUGUCAUUUGCUGUCGAAUACAGUAAUUGCAGCAGGUAAUUUCCUGAGGAAGAGCAGUAAUGAGGAUGUAUACCUGUGUGUGCUGCACGGACUUGAACGCAUUGUGGUUAUCAGCAACGUCAGUCACACCUCUGGCGGUCCCGCCGUGAACACUGCAACUGGUAUAUCGGGCAUUGUAACGCCAGUGCUGCGCAAUAAAAUUGAAAAAUUAGCAUUGGAAUUGGUGAAAUUGGAAAAUGAAAGAUUUUCAAUACCGGCGCUGCAGCUGCUGCUUUCCUGCAUGUAUGUGGGUUCAGCUAAACAACUGGAAAAUACAGAGCUCUCCAAUGGCAUUGUCCAAGACGAACCGGAGAUAAUCGCCCAACAGACCGAUAAAGUUGAUAUACUUCUACAUUGUAUUAAAUCAUCAACGCGUGAUGCCGCUUGGAUUUAUGGACAAGUGUUGUGCCAAAUUAUACGUGAUUUAGUGCCACCGAAUGAAAUAUUGACGAAGGUCAUAAAAGAGUUUCUAGCCAUAAAUCAACCGCAUUGCGAUGUUAUUGCAAUGAUUGUGUAUCAGGUUUUCCGUUGCGCCAUCGAUUCGACGUUCUUGCAAAUGUUGCAAGACUGGCUCAUAUGCUCGUUGCCAACUUUUCUGGCCUUACCUGAACAAAAAGGUGUCUGGUGUCUGAGCGUCAUCUUUUUAUCCGCUUCCAUAAAUCUGCAUUUGAUUAAACUAUUUCCGGUGCUGCUAAGCACCGGUGCCGCAGCAGUUGCAGCAGCAGCAGCGGCAGCGGAUUCAUCAACUGCCACUGGAGGCAUCAUAGGCCGCUGUGACGUUGGAGAUGCUGGUGAUGAAGUUGAUGGUGGCGCGGGUGUCAUCGGUGGGGCGUCUCAUAAAUUGGGUCAACAUGAAAUUGCAUUGUUCGUGACAGCUGCUGUAGAUUUUCAUGCGAAAUUGAGUGCGGAGCAGCGGAUGCGUUUCCGUGAUGCCUUUGAGAAAUUCCACAAGCAACCGGUUUAUGCCAAGCUGUUACAGAGUAUCUGAUUUAGCAACGCGCAGUGUUAGUAGCAAAAUUAGUGGUUGUCGUUGUUGUAGCAGUAAUAUACGUUUUAGGCGCUCGUAGUGUGGGUGUACUGGGGUGAUUAACUUAGCCGGUGGGGCUCUUGCUGCUGGGCUGUUGGCAGCGUAGAUGGCAUCACUUAUUGGUCGAUAUACAUAGGACACACACUUAUAGAUAAGCAAGCGGUAGCAUAGUUAAAGGAAGCUAAGCUAAAGGUGUGCAAACGGGGUAAUUUGCUGUUGGUUAUGUUUUUAUUUAUGUUCGGUUGAUGCGCUGCACAGUUGAUUUAUGACGUCACUGCUAAGUGACUAAAUUCUGCAGUUGUUGUGGGCUGUGCGGGAGCUGAGGCGGGUUUGCAGAGUGGACACAAAAUGGUACAGUUUAAAACUGAAUUGAGUUAAUGCGAUUGCCAAAUAGUUUUGAGAUUGCAUUUUAAGGAUUUGUCUUUUGCCAAAGUAAUUCUUGGUUUUUCGAUCCUUUUUUUGUUGGCUAAAAAUCAUUCAAGUUUAGCCUGAUCUUAGGUUAAUAUAGUAUAUGUACAUUAGGUUUGGUAAAUUUUGAUUUUAAUAAAUCGCAUGGUAUUUCCUGAUUCUGCUGACAAUACUAAGAGAAAGCUUAGAAGUAACCAUGGUUCGGAAAUAAGUUUUGAGCCUGCGCAUUUUUAAAUGAAGAAAUUACCUCUUCACGAUUUUAGUUUUUUUCACCUUUUCUCAAAACUUUUGCAUAGUAAAUGUUUGUAUUUAAGUUUAAAACAUUUGCUUUAUUUGUUUAAUCCAUUUUUAAAAAGUAAAUACAU